AUGCUCCAAUGGAACUCUCUCAACAAAGGCAUCGUCGUUCCGGACACCGAUCCAACAGAGGUCCAGGUCGAACGCUACCUCAAAAUGUACCAGGAGGCUUUACGAUUGCACCAGAAAGAGAGAUACAGCGAAGCAAAGUCAAUAUACGAGGAGAUACUUGCCGAUGAUCUGAUUCAAGAUGGAUCGGUUACCAUGGACUCGAGCAAAGCUUCAAGCGUCAAAAGCUCUCCUUUGAUUCGGUUGCGUUUUCUCGUUUUCAAAAACUAUGCGUCGUUGUUGGAGCACGAACUUCAUGCACCUGAUGUACCUAAAGCCGACAUAGCCAAAAAGGCCAUCAGCUAUUAUCUCAAGGCUGCGAGCGUUGACGACGGCGAUCAAUCAUUGUGGUACAAUAUUGGCAACAUUGCAUACGAUUCCGGCAACAUUCGAUUAGCCCGGCUAGCGUAUGAGAAUGGAUUCUUUUUGAUGGAUUUAUAUCGCGCUGGUUCCCACGAUCAAUUUACUGUCCCUGAAGCAAUGGAGAACAUGUUUUCAUCAAUGGCAUUCUCACCGAUCCAAUGGCUUUGCAUGGAACGAUUAUGCACGGUGUUGGUGGACAUUGGUGAUUAUGAUACGUGUCGUAUGUAUAUGCAAGUGGUAUUGAAACAACAUCCCAACUGGCCGAUGCGACGAUUAUUGGAAGAGAAAAUGGAUGCAGUGACGACGACGUCUUUGGAUGAAUCAGAAGUGACCACCGAAUCGCCUAUUGAGAAUACAGUAUCCAUUAACAUCACAAAGAUGGAUUGGAAAACGCUAUUGGAAUCACUCUUGCUACGGUACAAAGAAAUGACAGACGAUAAAACGAGUUCAACACAUUCUUCGAUAAGCAACGCCAUUCACCUUGACGUUGAGGCUGAUACCAGCAUAUCCACUAUACCCGAACCAGAAUCCGCUAUUGUACCGAUCACAGUGGAUGAACCUGAGGAUACGCAAAUGAUGGACAUUGCCGAACAGGAUGCUAUCGUUGUACUCUCACCUUCAGAGAAAAGCAGCAACUCCCCAGCUCCUCCUCCACCACCACAAUCAAGUCAAGAAAUGGAUACACAGCCUGACAAUGAUGACAACCCUGAAAUGAUCAACUCCUUGAAACGCAAACGAUCCAUGGAUGAUACAGGCGACAAUGAACGAGAAGAGAAGGAAGGCGAGCAGCAACAAAAGGAGGGUGACUCUGAGGAAAAGAAGAAGGAGGAGGAGGAACAAGAGGAGCAUGAUGAGCAAGAAGAAGAAGAGGAAGAGGAAGAGGAGGAAGAUAAACGGGCUAGUCUACGGAUAUCGAGACGGCAAAAAGAGAAGAUUGAGAAUGAAGAGAGCUCGAAGCGAAAGAUGCUUGAAGAAGAGAUCCAAUUGACAAAGUUGGUGCAAUCUUUAUUCGAUAUACUUCCAGACGACAGUGCUAUGAAUCGACCCAAGUCGCAAUAUCAUCACCCUGUAUCAGAGGCAUUCAACACAAUGGAUAUGGAUUCUUUUUGGAAAUGGUUCGAUACCAAAGUGUCUGAGCUAGGAAGGAACGCACAUUGGGAAUUUGACACCAGUCGUUUCAAUCGGAUGCAUGAACAAUCGCACUUGGAGAACAAAGACGCCCGCCUUUACGCGACCUUUACAGUAUCCGAGACAACUCAAUCUCCGCCUUCAUCCAUGAACAACACCACCACCACCACCACCCCUAUUCAAGGAUUUAUCGAGCAAGUGAAUACCAGCAAUUCCGGUAUCGCAGACGUACUUUGUUCGCUUAUUGUCCAAUUACUGCUACCAUCCACCACUGAAUUUGAACACGCCAAUCAGCAUGACGUUUUUGAUUUAUUGGUCGAAUCCCUGGUUACAUUAUAUCCCACGCUUUUGGAUCAGAUCAUGUAUGGUGAAUGGGAAAACAAUGAAACUCGAAUGAAGGUCGUGCUCAGCAUCUGUGAACAUCUCAUGGAUAAGCUUAUCCAAGCAAUCUUAUCAUUCGUGGAAGCAACAACAUCAAAACGAAAAUCCGCCACCGCAAAGCAAUCACUGGAAACGCCUAUUCGGGAGUACACACGUCUUUGCAAUGCUUGGAUUGGUAUCUUUGAGCGACUUGUGAUGGAGAAUUUGCUGGAUUCUUUGUCAUUGGCAUCGACUUUGGAUGAUGAUAUCAGCUCGCUAUCCCAGGAUCACGAGGAAAUCAUGCUACGAUACUGGUUUUUGAAAGGAAAGUUGGGCCAAUGCGAGGAAGAUGUUGAGCAAGCAUGCAACUGGUACCAGCGAUGCAAGGAAUUUUUGUCUCGUGAUUCAACACAAUCAUCAACGAUACACCUUAACAGCCGAUACGAUGCAUUGAUCAGCCUGAGAACAGUCGAUGAGAAGCUACUAUCGAUGGAGUUGGGUAGAAAGCUUUUGAUCGCCAAAGGAGAGUACAAGAACAAGAAUCAUAGCAGGGUGAUCAGCGAACUGGGCAACGUUAUCGAAUCCAAGCAAAGCUCUAUGACUCGGCAAGAAAUUUAUGACGUCUUAUCACUGCUUACAAAGUCGUAUACAGAGAAGAAGGACUACAAAAAUCAAGGACGAUGCCUGCUGUAUACAUUUUCACAAGUCAUGGAAGAUCUUGUCAGAUAUGGGAGCUCACAGAGCGCAAGCAGCCAAAACUCUACCAAGGAAUCUGAUAUGGAAUUUCUAAAGUGCUUGAAACGGGUUGAGAGCUGUUUACGAGACCUUCUUGCUUUGAUUCAUGAUGGGAAAAUGUGCUUGAAAGAAUCAAUGGAUAGCAAAAGCGGCGAUGCACUGCUUAUUGCGCUGCAGAUGACCGUGUACUACAUCUUCCGGCACCCAGAUUUUAUUCCCUUGGUCAACAACUUUAAGAUACACGGUGUGGAACCCCAUGUACCCUCUCAGGUCACACGCUCAAGUAGCUUCAACAUCGUCCUCGUUGAGAUUUGGGUGCUAUUAUCAACGUUCAUUCAGGAUAUGGCGAAUUCCACCGACAAUGAAACUGCCAAGACCAUCAAAGAUAAGCUUGCCGAAACCUUGAUCACCUUGCAUGAUGAAUUGGGAGAGCGAGAGAUAUGUGGUGUUUGUAAAGGCAUCUUCUUGAAGCAUCUCUUGAAUCUUUUGGCAACAGAAAGCAAAACCCAAUAUCGGAUUGGCAUCUAUCAAUGCUACCAUUGCCUGUACGGUUUACAUCUGGAUGCUGAUUCAGAUAAUAUCGAGGAACACAAUGCAAACCAUGAGAAGCUUGAUCAAAAGGCCGCUGAAGCUUUAUUUGCCCUCGUGGUCGAUUCGGUCACAAAACGGCUGAACAAAGGCGCUCCACUGCGUAAUGAUCUCAAGGAUGUGGUUGAUACGGUUUCCGAUCUCUUUCAAUCCCUUCCCACCAAUGACAGUCGUAUUCAGCUGAAUCAAGCAGUGGUCACCAAUUACCUAGCAAAUGAUAUCAAACUUCAGCAUUCGAUCAGCGACAUGAUGAGAGAAUCCAGCAUAUCGGCAAACCAGAUUUACCCUGAAAGAUCAUCCGCUUCAUCUGUCUACUUUAAGAUAUUCUGGAUCGGAGGCAAAGUGUUGCGUAUGCAGAUCAAGAACCGUGCCAAGGUGAAUCCUGAAAAGACCAUGGAUGAUUUGGAAGAAGCUGUCAAUCUCUUUACCAAUCAUGUCAUUUUGAAUCCUUACGAUAUCAAUGGUUGGUCUGAAUUGGGUCAAUGUCUUUUGCAUUUGGCGGACGAGGAGCUGAUCUGGAGUGCUACAAAUAUCAAUUCACACCGAUACCGGAUCGCGGAAUACCAUAGGAAAGCGUAUUAUGCAUUCUGGAGAGCGUGGUAUCUGUUACGUGUGCAAGGGAGUGAAGGCAUGGAAAGCAGCGCUUUAUAUGAACUUUUCAACACGUUCGGUAUGCUGCUAUACUCUAUGACAUGUCCUCCCAUGUAUGGUGCAGCCUUUCGUCCCAAGAUGAUACGAAGAGCAAUUACACGUGUCAAGCAAUCUCUGGAUCCAACUAUUACGAGUAAUGCAUACAAGCUGGCAGUGGUGCUCUUUGGCAACGCGCUCAAAUAUCGAUCCGGUGAUAAAUCCGAGUGGAGAUGUUUCACUAUGCUUGGAAAAUGUUACAAAAAGCUCAAUCGACCACCCAAGGAAGUGCUGGAUUUCUUUGCCAAGGCAUUGGAGAAUGCUCCGCAGCGUAAUGCUCAAUACGGUAGCCAAGGCAAGAUAUUAGAACCCAUAUACAAGCUAUGCUCGGUGCUGGCCAAGUACUUGUACAAGGGAGAAAUCAAUUCGAAUGAUGUGAUGCAUUACCUUAACUUUACAGUGGAUCAACGACAAGAGCAGCAGCAGCAGCAGCAAAGUACUGAGGGCAUGAAUGAGGAAGCUGGUGGACCACCACCCGAUGAUUGGGAACCAGUAAUGCAUGUUCGAGAAAAUGGGCCAGAUCCUUCAGAUAUGGCUGCAUAUGGUGCGAUCUACAAGAAGCUGUUGGAAGUGCAAAAGGCUGAUAAGAAAAAGUGGCACCAUCGUCCCGUUUAUAGGCAAGCUUGGAUGCAAUAUCACAUUUAUGGCAGUAGCGAGCAAGCUCUACAACAUAUGAAAACGCUCUUUUCUCUCAAGGCCGUAAAAGCACUUGCGAGUAUUUGGAAGCCUGCAUUCGAGAGGCCUGGCAAGUACUUUGAAUACGUCCAUGAAUAUACCAUGUUCUUGAUCCAACUCUGUGCCGAAUGUCGAGACGAAGAAUGUAUUCGAAUUUUGAAGGAGAAGCUAUCAAAGACAUCCACCAUUCUAUUGUACAGCGAUGAAGCCAUAGCUGCUGCCGACAGGGCUUAUGAUCAGAUCCAUCAUGAAACGACAACGACGACGAUGACGACUACAACUACAACAACCAACCAAGAACCACAACAAGCCGAGCCAUCAUCUGAUCAGCUUACACAACAGCAGCAACAGUAG